GUUGAAUAUCUUCAGCAAACAAACAAAGAACUUGAAAAUCGCAUUCAAGACCUCUUGGACACUAAACAAAAUGUGACAAGUGAGGUAGUGCAUUUAAGCAAUAAAAAUGAAGAACUGUGUCAGGAACUGAAUGAAAUAGACCACUUGGCACAGCAGUUGGAAAGACACAAGGAAAUUGUGCUCGAGACUGCAGAUAAGGAAAUAGGAGAAGCAAAGAAAGAAAUUGAAAGAAAACACAGUGAAAUACAGGAUCUUGAAGAAACAAUAACAAGGCUUAAAUCAGAGUUGUGCUCAUGUCGUAGGGAGAACGAGAGACUGAGUGAAGAACUCUUUGGAAAAGCAGAUGAUAAAGAGAAUCUUGAAUUGUUGUUAAACCAGCUUGAACAAGAGAAACAAAGGUUGACAGAAAAAACAGAGAACUUAGAAAGAAAAGAACGCGAACUUGUCCUAGAAAUAGAAAGAAUGAGAUUAGAAUAUGGUAUAGCCCUAGGAGACAAAUCUCCAUCUCGCCUAGAUGCAUUUGUAAAGACUUUAGAAGACGACAGAGAUUAUUAUAAGCGAGAAUUAGAAUAUCUUCAGAAAAUGAUAAAACGAAGGCCUAGCCCAAGCCGUAGGACUGCAGAGAAGAGUGACGAUCUUAGAUUUAUCACCAGAGAGAGAGAUGAGCUGCGGUCCAUGUUAGACAGAUUUGAAAAACACAUGAUAGAAAUUCAAUCCAAUGUCAAAUUAUUGACUGCAGAAAGAGAUAGAUUAAAUGUUCUUUAUGAGCAGUCUCAGGGUGAAUUGAACAGGAUGAGAAGAGAAGCAAAACAUAGUUUAGUUUCUCAAAGUCACGUAGAAGAAGAAAGAAACAUUGCACUGACUGACUUUAGAAGAGUAAUGGCAGAAAAAGAAAGCCUCAGAGAAAAAUUAAAGAUUCAACAAGAAGCAGCUAACCUUGAAAAAUCAAAGAUGCAGCAUGAUAUUUCAGAACUGGAGAAUAAUAUUCAAGGAUUUGAGAUGGAAAGGUGUGAACUAAAGGCUACAGUCUCUAUCCUGAAAGAAAGAAUAAACUCUUUGGAAAAUGAAUUAAAAUUGAAGUCCAGUAAACUUGCCCAGACAUCUGAUGAUUCUUCUCAAUUUAAAACUGAGAUUUGCUCGCUUCAGCUCUUAAAUGACCAACUCCAGAGGUCUGUUGAAGAUUUACAGCACCGAUUGUCCCUCAAAAAGGAUGAACUGCAGUCAGCUCAAGAAGAAAUUGUAAAGCUAGAGGAGAAAAUAGAUAGGUUAAACCAGAGGAGCACUUCACAGGAUGAAGCAGUCAAUGUGCUUAGAAGUACUAUUACUGUUCUGGACAAAGAAAAGGACAGUCUUCAAGAAACCGUAGAUGAAAAAACAGAAAGAAUUGCAUGCUUAGAUGACAACUUAGCUAACAAGGAAAAAACAAUUACUCAUUUACGUCUAACUCUCUCUGAGCUGGAGUCCUCAACAGACCAGAUGAAGGACAUGCUGAGCAACAGAGACCGUGAGAUAUCUAGCUUACAUCGCCAGCUUGAUACGUCCCACUUAGAGCUUGCAGAAACAGGAAGAGUAAAGGAAAUGGCUCUGAAAGAAAACAGACGAUUGCAAGAUGACCUAGCUACAAUGGCCAGAGAAAAUCAGGCUAUCAGUGCUGAGCUUGAAGAUGCAAUACGUGAAAAAGAAGAAAUGAAAACCAGGGUUCAUAAUUAUAUAACUGAAGUUUCCAGAUUUGAGACCUUGAUGGCUUCAAAGGAAAAAGAAAACCAAGAAUUGUUAGAGAAGUUCCGAAUGCUCCAUACGCAAGCUGAAGACUGGGAAAUGAAGGCUCAUCAAGCUGAAGGGGAAAGCAGCUCAAUACGACUUGAACUCCUUUCUGUAGAUACAGAUCGGAGACAUCUUCGAGAGAGAGUAGAACUUCUGGAAAAAGAGAUUCAAGGGCAUAUUGUUGCACAUCAAGCAUAUGAAUCUCAGAUCUCCUCCAUUACAAAAAAUAUGUCCAAAUUGGAAGAGGAUUUUAAACGUGAAAAUCAGGAUAAGUCUUCAGUGUUGGCGGACCUGGCUUCUGUGAGGGAACUCUGUGUGAAACUUGAGUCUAACAAAGAACUUUUAUCUCGACAGCUGACAUCCAAAAGCAUGGAUUAUGAAAGGGUUCUAGGUGAAUUAGAAGAUAUAAAAGCAGAAGCAGAGUUGCUGAAAAAGCAGUUAUCCAGUGAGAGACUUACAGUUCAGAACCUUGAAACAUUGCUGGCUACUAGUAGAGACAAAGAAUUUCAGAACCAUUUAACAUCCCAAGAGAAAGAUUCCGAAAUUCAGUUAUUGAAGGACAAGCUAACACUAGCCGAGAGCAAACUAAGCAGCUAUAAUAGAGAGGUUCCCAUACUUCGAAGUAAAGUUGCACAGCUGCAGACUGACUGUGAUGUUUUAAAAAGGCAACUGACAACUGAACGAUUUGAACGAGAGCGUGCAAUUCAGGAAAUGCGUCGACAUGGUCUCUCUACAUCAUCAUUACGUGCUUCACCUCCCCUCAGUUCAACAUUAAGGUCUCCCUCACAUUCUCCAGAACGUACCAUUGUAAGGACAACCGAUCAAGCAGCAGCUGAAAAAAAUGUGAGCUUCAAGGAAUAA